UGGACCAGAUCCCUCUCCUUAUCCACAUGGAACCCGCUAUUCCCAUCUGUCAGAAAUCUGGAGGUCCAUUAUCUCCUCAAUGGGUGAUGAUGGGAUGGACCACAACUGCUGAUGCAGCUGGGGAGCGCUGAGGAGGGUAUAAAACCUCUCAAAGGUUAUUCUCAUUCCUAUUCCCCAUCUCACACCCUUCUGCCCAUCAUCUGAGAAGAAUGGCUCCUAAAAAAGCUGAACCGAAGAAGGAGGCAGCAAAACCAGUUCCUCCUCCUGAACCAGAGAAACCCAAGGAGCCUCAAUUUGACCCAAAAAGCAUUAAGGUUGAGUUUACAGCUGAUCAGAUUGAAGAAUUUAAAGAAGCCUUCAUGCUAUUCGACAGAACACCAUCUGGUGAAAUGAAGAUCACUUACGCCCAGUGUGGUGAUGUCAUGAGGGCGCUGGGUCAGAAUCCUACAAAUGCAGAGGUGCUCAAAGUACUUGGCAAACCCAAACCUGAGGAAAUGAACACCAAGCUGAUUGACUUUGAGACUUUUCUGCCUAUGUUUCAACACGUGUCCAGGUCAAAAGAUCAAGGCACUUUUGAGGACUUUGUUGAGGGCCUGCGAGUGUUUGACAAGGAAGGAAACGGCACUGUAAUGGGUGCCGAACUUCGCCAUGUACUUGCAACGUUGGGUGAGAAAAUGACAGAAUCAGAGGUAGAACAGCUCAUGGCAGGACAGGAAGAUGGAAACGGCUGUGUCAGCUAUGAAGCGUUUGUUAAACACAUCAUGGCUGGAUAAACAAAAGAGCUCAGAUCAGGCACUACUGUCCUCUGCAGUGAUCAACAGUCCUUCAGCCCAGCUCUAUGUUCUCUAUAGCCCUUGAACUAGUUUUCCUGUACAGUAUAAGAUUCUGUCUUUGCAAUUCUUUUUGCACAGAUUUUCUACAACAUUAAGGGUCACCGUGAUUUUGCCAAGACAGACAUGUUCCUGGAUCAACAUCUUUUGAUGAUCCUGGAUCAACAUUAUUGUCCAAAAAUAUAGACUUAACCCAAUCCCUACCUCUAACAUAACCCUAC